GGGCCAAACUGCGAGGAGAGGAAGGUUGUCGAGAGGCGAGAUCUCGAACCGCCUCUCUGGAUCCGGUGGAACGCGCCCACGGGGUGAUGAUAGCGGCACGUUGCGGAGGCUAAGGUGGCCCUCGAGGACGUGGCGAAUUUGGUGAAAAUCGGCGCCGGGAGCGGUCGAUCCGGGCAGCGGUAGUGGUGGCGGAACGGCAGGGAUACUAUGGGAGCGGGGGUAUGGGGGGCGGAGGAGGGCUACAAGCCACGGACCUCCGGCGAAGGCUCGAGUCCCGGUGUUCAGGAAGCACUUUUCCCCAGAGCCCUCGUUCCUUAAGGCACGAUGGCUCCUGUACACCAGACCUGUCCGGCAACCUUGGUCAGGAAGAAAGAGUUGACUUGCAAGCGACUCUCGCUUCCGGCCAGCCCACAUGUGCAGGUUCUCGAGCGUGCAGACGACAGGCGGACGAGGAGAAUGACCGAGAGAAAGGCUCGAGAUGCUCGAACCGUGGAUCCGGUGUAAUCGGUUCGCUGUACGGAAAGCUGCGGCUCUCCGUUGGAAGAUUCCUCAGCACGGAGGCUGAGAAGGUGGAAGGAGGCAAUGGGAAAAGGCAUCGGCUUCGAUGGUGUCGCAAGGAUUUCCGGUGGAUCGCGGAUGUGGCCACGAGGACCCUGCUCCUCAGCAUCGUGCUUUUCGUCACGCCAGGUCUCUGUCACCAGGACGCGGUGCACAUUACGGCGAUCCUAGGGGAGAGCGUUAUCUUCAACUGUCACGUAGAGUUCCCCGGUGAGCACCCAGUGCCCUACGUUCUCCAAUGGGAGAAGAAGGGGCAGGAGAUACCGAUAUACAUAUGGUACGAGUCGUAUCCGACCCACAGUGGCGAGGGUUACGAAGGUCGAGUCUCGAGGGUGAGCCCGAAUUCACCGUACGGCGUGGCGAGCCUCAACCUGACCGACAUCCGCGAGAGCGAUCAAGGAUGGUACGAGUGCAAGGUCGUCUUCCUCAACAGGUCACCUAACGGCCACAAGAACGGUACCUGGUUCCACCUGGACGUCCACGCGCCACCGAAAUUCAGCAUAACGCCGGAGGAGAUGAUCUACGUGAACGUGGGCGACGCGAUAAUAUUGAACUGCCAGGCGGAAGGGACGCCGACGCCGGAGAUCCUUUGGUACAAGGACGCGAACCCGGUCGAGCCGUCGACCACCAUAGGGAUAUUCAACGACGGCACAGAGCUAAGGAUCUCGAUGAUCAAGAACGAGGACAUCGGGGACUACACGUGCAUCGCGCGGAACGGCGAGGGCCAGAUCAGUCACACGGCUCGCGUUAUUAUCGCUGGCGGUGCAGUGAUCACCGUGCCACCGACCAACCAAACGAAACUCGAAGGCGAGAAGGUGCAGUUUAACUGCGAGGCUAAAGCUCUUCCCGGCAACGUGACCGUACGCUGGUUCCGCGAAGGUGCGCCGGUGACGGAGGUCUCAGCGUUGGACACGAGAGUGUCCAUCAAGGCUGACGGUAGCCUGGUGAUCAAUCCUGUCAGCGCCGACGACUCUGGCCAGUAUCUCUGCGAGGUCACGAACGGCAUCGGUGAUCCGCAAAGCGCCAGUGCUUAUCUGAACGUAGAAUAUCCGGCAAAGGUGACGUUCACCCCAACAGUCCAGUACCUGCCGUUCCGUUUGGCUGGCGUGGUCCAGUGUUACAUAAAGGCGAACCCACCCCUUCAGUACGUGACCUGGACGAAAGACAAGCGGCUGCUCGAGCCUUAUCAAACGAAGGACAUCGUCGUGAUGAACAAUGGCUCUCUGUUGUUCACGCGGGUCAACGAGAAUCAUCAGGGACGGUACACGUGCACACCGUACAACACACACGGCACGCAGGGUAGUUCCGGCCCUAUGGAGGUCCUCGUGAGAAAUCCACCUGUGUUCACGCUGGAGCCGGAGCCGAUCUAUCAGAAGAAAGUUGGUGAGACCGUUGAGAUGCACUGCGACGCUCAAGAGGCCGAGGGAACGCAAAAGCCUACGAUACAGUGGCACAGGAGGGACGGCGCGUCCAUCCAACGCAACCGAGCCAAGAUCGUCGGUGGCAAUUUAACGAUCGAUAGCCUUCGACGCACGGACUUUGGAUUCUAUCAGUGCGUCGCGUCGAACGAGGUGGCCACCAUUUCCGCCUCGACGCAGUUGAUGGUGGAAGGUACUCAACCCCAUGCGCCUUACAACGUGACUGGCACCGCGACCGAAUUCUCCGUUACGUUGAGUUGGCUGCCCGGUUACUCUGGCGGGCCUGAUUACAAGCAAGAUUACACUAUCUGGCACAGAGAAUCAGGCACGUCGGAAUGGAAGACGAUUCCGGUGACUCCGUCUGGUAGUACAACGGUGACGAUUAACAGACUAACGCCAGGUACACUGUACGAGUUCCAAGUGAUAGGGAAGAACGCCCUGGGCGAUGGGAUGCUGAGCAAAAUUAUCACCGUCAGAACGCUCGACAUCUUAGAUUAUAAUACUCUCGUAUUACCGACCGAUUCCACAGGCAAUCCAGCGUUCCCGCCAAUCAUGCGCCCGAAAGGACCAAAGCCAGGUCCACCGAAGAAUCUCACGGUGACAGAGGUCAGUAACGGUUUCCUCAUCACCUGGCAGCCGCCUGUGGAACGCAAUCAUCUCAUCCAGUACUACAACAUCAAAUACAAGACAGACGGACCCUGGAAAACGCUCAACAAGGGACAGAUCCGACCUGAGGAAACCAGCUAUUUGGUGAAGAAUCUGGUCGGUGGUAGGACCUACUAUUUCCAAGUGCUCGCCCAUUCGGCGACCAACUACGGCGCCAGCGAGCAGGUGAAGUUUCCGGUGCCAGCUCGCGUGAAGCACAAGGCGAUCACCGCGGGCGUCGUCGGUGGUAUACUCUUCUUCAUCGUUGCCAUCAUCCUGAGUAUAUGCGCGGUGAAGAUUUGCAAUAAGCGGAAAAGACGAAAACAAGAGAAAGAACUGCUUUCAGCGUAUAGUAUGGUGGCCUGCCGGGUCACCGAUGCCAGGAACGGCGCAGGGCAGGGGCCCCAGGGAACAGUGCCUUUGAAAAAACCUAGAAAAAGCCGAGUACCAGGUCUAAAUCUCCUGCGGGAGAUCCUGAGCCCGGAUACCCCGGACUCGUGCCGCGGCCGACCGCUGGGUAAGAUUUCGCGCGCGGCCGACGGCCGCUUCGUGGUGGCAGACUCCGUGCUCAGCUCGGCGAACAACAGCAUCCUGGACGCGUCGAGCAGCGACGACGGUGGAUUCCUCCCGAAACAGCGGCUCAAGUCCUCCUGGCGUCGACCGUUGGUCGGUACCAGUCAGCUGAGCCUUCGUUCGGACGGUAGCGGCGUCUCGAUAGGAGGGCUGCCGUCUAUCCAUCAGCACGGGACAGUGAACUCGUUGGCCAGGAUAGCACCAGCCAUUUGCACGAUCUCAUCGCCGAGGUUUCUCGCGAGUUCGCCGAGUGGGCCGCAAGUACCUUGGACGCCUUUGUACUUCAGCGAUCUGAGCUCGGUCAGGCAACAAUCGUCCGGAGAACGUUCCUUUCCCACACCGCCGGAUUAUCUACAGCUUCGCAGCGUGCAUCAGCGGUACAGCCAGGAGCUGCCCUCGUUGAAGGCGAUCCACGCCGAGUCUAGGAGGUUCGUACCUGUUCAACCGUUGGCCACGUCCUCGCCGCCUCAGCCCGCAGGUAGGCCGAGGGCUAGGCUGCCGCCUAGACACGCGAGGCACGCGAGGUCCGCCCCGGAGCUGGCUGCUUCGCCGGACCUAGAGACGUCGCCGGAGAGUAGGUCUAGCAGUUCUGGUUUCGGCAGCAAGAACACCUCUCAGCAGAAUCAGAGCUCGAGGAGCGGUAGUACAGUGGCCGAGUGGAGACCACCGCCUUACAGGCCGCCCCCGCCACCUCUGGUCGGCAGGUGGCUGGAGCUUCAGGAUCAGGCAAAAGUAGGGCACACGCAUAUACAGAACGCGGUUGACGCUGGCAGCGUGGACGGGCAUUACGAGUUCGAUCCUGUCUCGUGUACGCCGACACCAACCUCAGCUUCUACGCCCACCAGGGAGGAGAGGCCGCCUGUGCAUCAGAUUCACGCAAUUCACGUGCCACACGUUCAUCAAGUGCACACGGUUCAUCAUCAGACGCCGAGGUACACCAGGGACAACAUCGAAGCCAGGGUGCAAGCUAUGAAGGCCGAGUUUCAUCAGUUCAGACAACGGCAGGCGAGGAGGAGGCAGAGCGCGCAUCUCGAGAGCGCGUGUUGACGGCACUGUUCACUAGUACUAAGAUCAUCGUUGGAUUCAUUCCGUAUAUAGUUCGAUCAUCGGAUAUCCGCUACGGUUCGCUGCUUCUUUCCACGAUUUACGCUGGAGCACUUUUGAGAAUGGACCAAAUACGGCGACAGAGAACCCCCCCCUAUGGGAUUAGAAGAGAGAGAAAGGGGAAAGAAGUAGAAGAGAGCCGAGCAAAUCCCGGCUGUGACGAAAGCGGACGUUGCCGUGAUUAUCAUCGGAGACCAACUGUUUAAAGCACAACGAGGAUCAUCGUACGCGAAUAUUCCAGUGUAGGCAACUUCAAGUCAAUUCUAUCUGCUGGGCAACCAUCUCUAUUAAAACAAACUAAUAAUAAUAAUAAUAAAAGCUCCAUGCGUCAGCUCAGGAUACAUAAAUUUCGCCAACGCGAACGACUAACGUAGUAGAACUAUACGUUAAGAGGAAGCGUAUCGUCGGAGUCUGUUCGUUGCCGAUUCGAGGAGAGCGAGAAGGCCAGAUCGACGGGUUCCAGAGGAUCCAGCGACAGACGAUAAGAAGACGGUUCGAGUUCGACGAUCGUUAUCGGUCGUAUCCCGCGUGUACCAACCGACGCCUACGUCCAAUUCGGAGGACCGCGACUCUUUAGCGUAUAACUGAAAAUACUUUAUCGAGUAGAAACGAGAGAGAGAGAGAGAAGGAACGGCGUGGAAUCGGGGAAGUUUCUCUCGAGAAAUAUUCCCACGGUGAAAAACCUGCUAUCUUCUUCCCAUUCGGAGGAAGAUAGGCGAUCGAUUGCUAAAUAUUCCCGACUGUGGGCGGAUUAGGUGGAAAGGAUCGACGUGGAACUUGUAAGAGAAAGUUGACGGCAUGAUACUCCCAAAGAAACUGUACCGUGCUCCGUAUACCUUUUAAAGAAAACGACACACACACACACACACACACACACACACGCGAGAAAAGAAAACGACACGUAAGAUUAAUCUUAACCGUACACUUGUAAGUAAGUAAUUAAAGAGAAAAAGAAAAAAAAUGAAGAAAAAAAUGAAAGCGAUGCAAGAAAAAUAAU